AUGGCUGUUUACUUUAAACCUCCUUAUGAGCCAAGAAAUCCAGAACUAGUAAUUGUAGAGAAUAAAAAAGCUCCUUUGUUAAAAGAAGUCUUAAGUGAGAAACAUUAGCCCUUCCACAAAUACUUAAAUCCGAGGCCAUCAACAGCUACAUCCUCUGUCUAUUCUUAUACGACUGGUACUUCAUCUAGAUAAUCUGCAGAUCCAUAUUCUACUGUUAGUCAAUAAAGAAAGAAGAAAACUUUCUCGUUGUUCAACUCAGAGGAGAAGUAGAGAAAAAUAAGAAUAGUUAAUGAAAGAAACAGAAAAUCGAGAGUAAUAAAUGAAAGAAUUUAUCAAUAGAAUAGAGCUAGAUCAGGCUUAAAACAAGAAAAACUGCAGGUUAAUUAAUAAAACAGCCAUAAACUGACUAGAAAUGAGAUAAUGUAGCUAUCUUCAACAUAGAAAAAAGAAUUUUUUGAGAAGCUAUUGGAUUUAGAUAUAAAAAGGGAGUAUAUACCAGAUCAUAAGCAGCAUCAUUUAAAAAUUAGAGGAGGCACGCAUGCCUGGAGAAGUGACUUGAGGGAUUAUAAGGAUGUUAAGAAAAUAACUGUAGUUAAGUCGCCUGAACAACGAAAAUCGAUAGCAUUACAAAGAAACACAAUGACUUUCGGCUAUUCACCAUAAUACGUUGAAUAGCAAGUGCAAACAAUCAAGUCAGUAUUCAAACCUAUAUUGAAGGAUGAAUAACUUUCAGCUAUUUUCCCUGAUGAGCAAUGA